UAAGUUUAAAUAUUAAUAUAAUUUAUAGUAAUGGCGGCUUCCAUGUCUGUUGCAUUGUGAGUCAUAGCAGUGUCGUUGAAGUGAUACUCGCGCUUGUUUUUAAGCAAAAUGGAUCAUAUUUACACCGUUUCUAGACGUAAUUGCCCGCCUACGACGGUUCCUACGAAUGCUGAAUGGUUAACUGACGGAGCCGUCGUUAUAUCCGUAUCCAGUCGCAAUACAAUUGCCUUUACCACAAACACGGACCUUCAAGAUUCGAUUGGAAAAAUGACUCGUACAUUUGUAUACGUUGCGGACUUGAACGUGCCCUGGGAAGCCCACAAAGUUUUGAGCCAUAACGAAAUUAUUACGUGCGUCGAAUGGGACGUAAGCGGAAACAAACUACUCAUAGCCGACACCGUUGGAAAUAUACUGAUUUGGGCCAUGAAGGAUUUCCUAUUGAACGAUUGGACCCAGAUUUCAAGUGCUAGCUUUCGAGGAGAACAUAUUCUGUCUUGUGCAUGGUUUCACAAUGGAAGAAAGAUCGGUUUGAACAUGGAGAAAAAAGACAGUUCUUUAUAUCUUGAAAAAUACACUCACGUAAAAUUUGGCCCUUCGGUAAGACAGUUCGGAGGGAGGCCUUCUGAUGGUUGCAUUGCCGUUAGCAGUUCUGGUUUAGUUUGCGUUAUAAUUCUUCAGUCGGAUUACAACUGCACGACGAGCAAAGAAAUCCUUGGCCAGUUUAGAAAUAAAUUAAAAGUCGUAGACAUGUGCUAUGCAAAAAACGGAGACUUCUUAGUCGUCGCCAGCGACGGACAGGUUCACUCUUCGGUCCAUUGUUACCGUGUUGCUUUAAAGAUAAAUCAAGAAAAGUGUGUUAUCAACUGCCAGCCUUUUUCUAGUUUUUAUUUAAGUUGUCAUACAUCUGGACCAACUAUGGAUAAACAAGUUAUUAAUAUUUCAGCAUUUGUUAGAGUAACGCAUUUGAAAUUUGUUUUAAGAGAAGCAGCGGAUGCAGUCGUGGUUUCUGCGUCAGGUCCUAUGGGCAGUAUCGUCGAGUUGUGGGAAUUGAGGGAAAAGCCUGUCACUUUUCACAAGAUGUUCCACAGCACAGCUACUGAUAUUCAACCAAAAACAGUGGGUUGGCAGCAUCAUGCUUCAUCAACUGCACUGUCUUCUGUAGUCGGGAUAGCCACUCCUAGACUUUCUAUAUACGACAUCAGUCCGCCGCCUUCCUACAUAUUAGUCGCCUAUAAGGAUUGCGUAAUUAAAUGCUUCUAUCGAGAAUCCUUGCAAUUGGUCUGCAGCAUCAGCGUUAAUACAGGAACGCACAGAAGAGACGAUCACACUUUAAAACAAUACUUUGGCGGAACUACUUUGUGCGACAUGCAACUCACGUGGACUGGUUGCACGUUAAUUGCCAUCGACUCACUUUCACAGCUGUUUCUGUAUCGUUUAUCUCCCAUAACCGAUCCAGGUGGGCCAAUGAGUGUAAAUUAUGCCAUAACAAUGUUAGAAUAUUGUUUAAUGACCGGAACUGACUGUUGGGAUGUUAUAUUAAGUCUUAGACCAGGACUGAUCGAAACAAUUUGCGAUAAACUCACAGAAUCAUUUAACAAACAACCGAUGGGCAUUCAACAAUAUUGGUAUAGUCGAUUUUUAGCCCUCAAAGGAUCUCUUUACAGGUGUAUAAGCACAGGACAAGCUAAAGCCGGCGAUUGUCACGCAUUAAUUAUGUUAAAUGCAGUAGCAACAGCAAUGAAAGGUUUACUGAGACCCAGAGACCUGUCCACGCAAGACAAAGGACCUGCUGAGAAUCUUAAUGCUGUUAUGAACAGUAAAGGAGCAGAAACCAUUGUAAAUAUUGAUAAAGUGCUAAUUCAUCUGGAGUCAAAAGAAUUCACCGUAGAACCUCCCAUUUUGCAGUCCCUGCAACAUUUGACGCAGUGGGUGGCGGACACGGCUCUGUUUAUUCUCUCCUCUCUGCCGCAACAGUAUCAUAAUCACAUGAGGUUCCCCGGAGGAGGACUCAUAGCGGAUCCAAAAGCGCUGAAUACGCUUCGAGAGUUGCUCGUCAUUAUUCGAAUUUGGAGCUUUUUGAGCGAGAGCUGUCUACCAGUGUUUACGAGAAUGGCAGAAAAUUUAGAUGUCUUGGCUCUUCUCUUUGUCCUGUUGACCAAAACUCUCAUGUGCCAAGGCGGUGAACCUGACGAGAAGCUUUUAGAUGAAUGUGGUUUGCUUCCCAAUCAAGUACUGGUUCCGACCAUCGAAGUAGGAAUUAAUGCUCAAGGUGUUGCAAGUCCCGCACUGUUUAUAAACUCCCUGCCGCUCCAGUUUGAAUACUUCAAUCAACCCGAUUUCCUUUGUUACACCAGUAAGGUGCACGCAGUAGAAGGAACCAUACCUUUGAAUCACAAAGUGGAUAUUGUGCGCCACGUCAGCCUGGGAGCAAACCCCUCCACGGUCAGGCAGUGUACCAGGUGCUCUUCCUCCUCCAUGCUGAAAGCCGGUGCCAGAUCGGCAGCCACCAGAGCCUGGGACCAGAGGUGGCUCCGUUUCUGCCCCUGUGGUGGCCAGUGGAGGAUGGUGCAGUCGAUCAGAUGAUAGACUGCAUUCCUCAUUGUUUUCAUCAUUGUAAAUAUCCUGAUCACAACAAAAUCAUUUUCUUUUUUACCAAAUCUUUGUACUUUUUUUGUUUAAUAAACUACAUAAAUUA